AUGCAAGCCCUGCGCCUGGCGCGUCCUAGAGCCUCCCUCCGUCCGUUCGCCCGCUCCAUCGCGGCCUCGGCGAGUGGAACCCAUGCUACGGCCUCCCCCGCGUCGUCCGCGUCGUCGUCCGUGAUCCCGCUGUCGAAUGUUGAGGCUCAGUGGGAGCAGCUCUCGCACGACGAGCAGCUUACGGUGCACCAGCAGCUCGAGGAGCUCCAGAAGAAGGACUGGAAGACCCUCUCCAUUGAUGAGAAGAAGGCGGCAUACUAUGUCGCGUUCGGACCUCAUGGACCUCGUGCCCCCGUUAACCCUCCGGGCACUACGAUGAAGGUGCUUCUCGGUACUUUGGCCGGUGUAGCUGCAGCGGGUGCUGUGUUCAUCGCCGUGAGAUCAUUUGCUCCCCCGCCGCCGAAGUCUAUCAGCAAGGAGUGGGAGGAGGCUUCAAACGAACGUGCACUGGAGCAAAAGAUGAACCCCAUCUCUGGUAUCUCAUCAGAGGGCUACUCCGGCACGGGUUUCGUCACGCACAAGUGA